UAUCGCCAUUUUCAAAGGAAUGCUGGUAUUUAACAGCCAUGAUGACAGUUUUAUUAAACAUUUUGUUUUCCAUAACAUUGAGAUUGGAAAAUAUUGCCAGUUGUUAUGAGCGUUAUAAAAUUUCAUUAUUAACUACAUAUGGCACAAUCUUUCAACAAGGUUCAGAAUUUUGUCCAGAAAAUCCAUCUGGUCGAGUAGGAUUUUUAACACUGGGAAUAUUUAGUCUUUUAACAUUCAAUUUUUAUUCAGCCUACUUGGUUUCUGCGAGAUUAAAUGAGCCAAUCAUAAAAAUGAAUGAUUCUCUAUAUUCUCUUUCCAAAAGCAAUUUGAAAGUAGCAUCAGAACCACUUAUUUACCUAAACUUUUAUCUAAAGUUUUAUAGAAAUAAAUGGCUUACAACACAAGAAUCUGAAAGGUUUCUACUUCCGGAAGAAGGCAUAAGAAAAGUAUAUGAAGGAAAUUUUGCAUAUCAUUCAGAAACGGAUAUUUUAUAUCCAUAUAUUGAAAAAUUGUUUGAUAAUCAACGAAUUUGUGAAAUUACAACUGUGCACAUGGUCCAUCCAACAUUACUACCUCUUUAUAUUAGCAAAGGAAGUCCAUUUACAGAAAUCGCUAAAAUAGGAUUAGCAAAACUAUAUGAUAUGGGAAUUCGUCACAGAGAGUUAAAUAGAUGGGCAGCAAGAGAACCUCAAUGUCAAAAGGAACUGCUUGGUGUCAGCAGUAUAACCAUAUAUGAAACAAUACCAACAUUAGUACUGCUUAACAGUGGUGUUUUGUUUUCAAUCAUUAUUCUUUUUGCUGAAAUUACACAUAAAUGA